AUGACAUUCCUCACGAUCCAGAUCUUCAUCAAGAAGGACUGCGGCAAGACCAUCACGCUCGACGUCAAUCCCUCCGACUCCAUCAAGACGGUCAAGGCCAAGAUCCAGGACAAGGAGGGAAUGGUGCCGACACACUAUUUCCGGCUGAAAUUCAACUGCAAGUACCUCGACGACGACAAGACGGUUGAGUUUUACCAGGUUGUGAAGGAGUCGACGCUGUGGAUGGUGUGGCCGCUGCCCGGGGAUGUGAGGGGGAAGGUGGAUGGGUUGGGUGCGGUUUCAAGUAUGGCUUAG